CGGUAGUUCUAGUUCUUCAUUAGCUAAUUUACUUUCAAACGUACAUGCUAACACUUACGCAUUUUGUUUAGAUUACAGUAUACUGUUCGGAAAUUAGAAAACUAUACGACAUAUAAAUUUAACAUGAGUAUUCAAUGGACAUUCGUAGCCGGAUUUCUGUACGCCGAAAUCGUCGUCUGUAUAUUACUGUGUCUGCCAUUUGUUAGUUCCAAAAGAUGGCAAUCUAUUUUAAGAUCAAGACUCUUUGCGUUGUUCGUAUCUUAUGGAAAUAUUUACUUCAUGGUGCUAAUAUCCAUACUCUGUUUACUCUUUGCAGAUGCUGUCAGAGAAGUUCGGAAAUAUUCUUUACCGGAUGCACAGCAAGUUAAUUUGUCCAACAAUCCAAAUGCACAAGAUCAUGUACUUAUGAUGCUUUUCCGUGCCCAAAGGAACUUGUACAUAUCUGGUUUUGCUCUUUUCCUCUGGCUGGUGUUGAGACGUUUGGUUCUUCUUAUUUCGAACAGUGCAACUCUUGAAAUACAAGGUGAAGCAUUCCGUAAGCAAGCUGAAAGUGCCACCCGAACUGCACAGGAUUUACUGGACCAAGCUGGCGACAGUAAUGCUGGUGGUGAUAAUAAGGAAAAGGAUGCAGAACUAGAGAAACUGAAGGAAAAGUUAGUGGAAGCCAGAAAAGCCACGGCUGCAGCUGAGGCCAGUGUGGAGGCAAUGAAAUCACAGGCUGAAGCUACUAAUGCAGAAUAUGAUCGCUUGAUGACUGAACAUGCCAACUUACAGAAUGAGCUUGCUGGUGAAACCAACAAAAAGGAUCUGUAAAUGUCAUGCCCUGUACAUUUAGUGCCAUGUACUCCUAGAGCAACAAAACAUUACUGUUACAAUGCAUGCACCAUACAGUUACUGUUCUGCCUGUUCCCGCAUUCCGUGUUGAAGUUUUAAGCUGGCUGUCUAGAGUUAUGUGCAACAAAAGUUUGUUUUAUUCUGGGAUUGAUAUAAUUAUAUUAAUGUAUUAUGUACUCUGUUAGUUGUAUAUAAACAAUUGUGAAAUGUUGUGUUUUUAUUGACACUUGUUUCUGUUGUGUUAAAGAUUUAUAUAAUUCGCCUGGAAUAAAAGUUGUACAGGUACACAAGA